AUGGAAGCAAGCAACAUCCCAGCUCCUCAAGUGGGUCACGGAGGGAGAAGCAAUACACGCUUGGGAACCAACGGGCCCCUGGAGAGGGGAAAUAGAGCCCUGAAAGAGCAUGGAGGUGUAGAAAAUAAAAAGACGGACAUAUCGAUGGAACUAAUUCAACCAAAUGUUAGUAUCAAGAAUGUGACAGCCUCAUCAGAGAAUAUCACAAAUUGUUCAAUGGUUAUUGUUCCAGAAGAAAUACUUCUUACUAUUUCAAUGGUAGGAGUUUUGGAAAACCUUAUGGUCCUUAUUGCUAUAGUGAAAAACAAAAACCUUCAUUUGCCCAUGUACUUAUUCAUUUGCAGUUUAGCUGUUUCAGAUAUGUUGGCCAGUUUCUAUAAACUUUUAGAAACCGUAAUGAUAAUAUUGGCAAUCAAUGGUUAUUUGGAAAAAUCAGGUUCAUUUGAAAGAAAGAUGGAUGAUGUCAUGGACUGGAUUUUUGCACUAUGUUUACUUGGCUCAAUAUUCAGUUUAUCUGCAAUUGCCGCUGAUAGAUACAUUACAAUAUUCCAUGCCUUACGUUACCAUAAUAUUAUGACUCUACGAAGAGCUUCUCUCAUUCUUGCUGUAAUCUGGAUAUUUUGUGGUGGAUUUGGAAUAGUUAUCAUUAACUUUUUUCACAAUGUAGCAACGAUAAUGUGCUUCAUUGUCAUGUUUGUUUUGUUAUUAGUUUUUAUUGUGUGCCUCUAUAUCCACAUGUUUCUUCUCGCGCAGUCACAUGCAAAGAAAAUAGCUUCAUUAUCCGGACAAUGGAAUUCAGUUCAGCAAAGAGUUAACAUGAAAGGAACCAUAACCUUAAUAAUUUUAAUUGGUGUGUUCAUUUGUUGUUGGUCUCCUUUUUUUCUUCAUCUUUUCUUGUAUGUAUUUUGCCCGAGCAAUCCAUAUUGUUCAUGCUACAUGACAACUCUUAGUGUUAAUGCUACACUUAUUAUAUGCAAUUCUAUUAUUGACCCAUUCAUUUAUGCAUUCCGUAGUCCAGAGUUGCGCAUUACCUUUAAAAAGAUGCUGUGCUGUUGGAUUCAUUCAGUAAAAAUACGGAGAGAUAAUUUAAAGGAAUAUUAUAGUAGAAAUACAAAGCUGUACUCCUAA